AUGCUCAGGACUUUGAAUCAAGAACAUGUUGAUAUUUAUCGUGAAACGAUAAAAACUACAGACUUUCCGGAAUCCGGAACAAUGGAUCAAAUGGAAAUAUACACGAAAAAUUUCAAAGAUACCAGGCAAAGGAUGCGAAAUGAAUUGGAUAAAAAGCUACAAUUGGCACUGGCAAUACCAAGUUAUUCAUCCAAAGACGAUAAAACAAUAACCAUAUCCAGUGUUUUGAACAAACAACAGGAAUCGUUAAAAAACACAACGCAGGGUUCGAAAACAACGAAAGAUCAAUCGAAGAAAAUCCUAAGAAGUGAUUCGAAAAGAAACGAAAAGACACAAACACCGGUCAGCGUGAUAAGAAGGACACAAUCAACAUUGAAACCAAAAGAAAGUCAAACGAACGAAAGUCUGAAAGAAGUUUCGUCUCAAGCCAAGCAGCAACCAAUUACAUCCAGCGUUGUAAACGAAAAACAAUCAACAUUGAAACCAGAAAAUGAUCAAACUACUAAAUUUUCCACAAUCCAUUCACAAAUCGAGGCAGAUUCGAAAAAUGAUCCGAGUUUCUGGGAUGAUUUCAAUAAAGAUUCAGCAAAAUAUUACGUACAACCAACCGGUGUGAAGGCGAAAGCUAAAAAAUAUUUCAAAAGGUUAUGGCCUUUUUCGAAAGGGAAUAGUGAAGAACAACUGAAAAGAGAAGAACUGAUCCGAUCGGAAGCUCGUCGACAGUAUGAAAAUAUCCGAAAAAAUCGAUUAGAAUUGGACAAAAUAUCAACAGGGCAUGAAAGUUCGAUUGAAGAAAUAAAGGACGAUCCUCUUUUGGCAAAAAUGCUCAGGACUUUGAAUCAAGAACAUGUUGAUAUUUAUCGUGAAACGAUAAAAACUACAGACUUUCCGGAAUCCGGAACAAUGGAUCAAAUGGAAGAAUGGACGAAAAAUUUCAAAAAUACCAGGGAGGAUUCAUUGAAAAACUUAACACAUGGUGGUUCGCAAACAACGGAAAAUCAAUCAACUAAAAUAUUCCGAAGUAAUUCAUACAAAGAUAAAAAGACACAAACACCGGUUAGCGUGAUAAGAAGGACGCAAUCGAAAUCGAAACCAACAGAAAGUCAAACAGAAGAAGUUUCAUCUCAAGCAAAGCAGCAACCAAUUACAUCCAGCGUUGAGGAUUCAUUGAAAAACUCAACACAUGGUGGUUCGCAAACAACGGAAAAUCAAUCAACUAAAAUAUUCCGAAGUAAUUCAUACAAAGAUAAAAAGACACAAACACUGGUCAGCGUGAUAAGAAGGACACAAUCAACAUCGAAACCACAAGAAAGUCAAACAAACGAAAAUCUGAAAGAAGCUUGGCAUGAAUUCAAGAAGCAACAAACACCAGCCAGCGUUUUAAGCGAGCAAUCAUCAUUAUCAAAACCAGCGGUUGAUCGUGGAGAUAUGAUUGCAGCAAGUGAUUCGUCCCAAGUCGAAAAGCAAGAAAAUCUCAGCUUUCCAUCAACAUCGAAACCACAAGAAAGUCAAACAAACGAAAAUCUGAAAGAAGUUUGGUCACAAUUCAAGAAGCAAUCAAUUACAUCCAACGUUGUAACCAAUAUUGAACAAUCGACAUCGAAACCAACAGAAAGUCAAACAACCAAAAUUCUAUCAAGUGAAUCGUUGAUUGAAAAAAAUCCAGAAAAUCUAAGUUUAAUAGACGAGCAACAACCAGAAGAAAAACAAACGACCGGAAUUCUGAAAGGUUCUAUUGAAAUGGUUACAGCAACAAACAUUUCAUCAAGAGAUUCGUUCAAAGAAGAAAAAGCAGAAAGUCAAACUGAAGAACAAUCAAUAUUGGAACCUGAAAAUGAUCAAGCCACCAAAAGUUCAUCAAGAUAUUCGUUUUCGUUCGUAGGAAAAAAGGCGGAAAAUCUAAGCGAUGAACAAUCAACAUUGAAACCCGAAAAUGAUCAAGCCACCAGAAUUUCAUCAAGAUAUUCGUUUUCAAAAAAAUCAUCAAACGGAACAAAAUCAGCCAAUCUUUCAAAACAAACAAUCGCUGAUGAUCAAUCAAUACAACAACCGACCAACAACCAUACAUCUGAACCAAAUAUUGAAAUAACCAAAUCAUUCAAUCUGGAUUCGUCGUUAACCAAACGUUUACAAAAAUCAAUGAAACAAACAAUUUUAUCAACAGCAACCACACAACAAAUGUCUGGACAUCAAUUUCUUGAUUACACCAAACAAUUUUGA